AUCGAAGCGUUGAAGCCUCUUUUCUGCGAUGUUGAUUGGAUGCUUGCGAUAUACGUAUUAGUCAUUUACUUAUACGUUUUGAUAACAGCUAAUGAAAUUUUGUAAUAGUUUGUUUUUCAUGGCACAAUAACAAAUUGAAUAAUUUUGAUGCAUCACAAACGAUGUUCCGAAAGCAUAUGAUCCGUAAAGCGGUUUAGCCAAGAAGCUCAACGAACAAGUGAAAUCGUCCAAUCGCUCUGGAACGAAUUUGUUGGAUGUAUUCGAGGAUGUUUAUUAUUUUACGUGAAAGCUUAUUGUUGACUCAGUAUUGGAAAUAAAUUCUGGAAAUGUGAUGAUUUUGUAAUAUCCAUCUAGUCUUUAUAUCAAAUUUGUAAAAUGAAAUACUUGUGACAUCCGCUCGCAGUUUUAUAUGAGAUGAUGCGACUGAAUUUCAAAACAGUCUUGCUUGUAUUGGUUGUCGCAACACUGAGUUUUUUACUCACAUCAUGGAAUAAUUGCGGAAGUGGUUUGCUCUUUCAUACUGCAGAUUGGAAGACAAAAUACCAGCAUAAAGAUCGUUUAAGUACAGAAUCGGGAUAUCAAGAAAUAGAUUGUCAUAUAAAUGGCGAUUAUUCGAUAGGAUGUCGUAAAGAAGGUGACGAAGUAUACAUACCAUUUUCAUUUAUUCAUAAAUACUUUGAGAUCUAUGGAAAAUUAGCUACUUACGAUGGUCUGGAAAGAUUUGAAUGGUUGCACAGUUAUUCAAAGAUUGUGAAUCCUAAGGGAAAAUAUGAUUCUCGAGGUGUAUUUAUGACUUUUGAAAAUUACAAUGUUGAAGUGAGGGAUAGAGUUAAAUGUAUUAGCGGCAUCGACGGUGUACCUAUAUCGACACAGUGGGAGAGUCAGGGGUACCAUUAUCCCACACAAAUUGCUCAAUUUGGAUUAUCGCAUUAUAGUAAAAAUUUAACCGAACCAGAGCCGCAUAGAAAAAUUAUUGAGGAUGCCGAUAAAAUUAAACAAAAUUGGAAUGUUCCUCAAGGCUCGAUUAUGAGCAGAGUGUACGACAAGCAAGUUAAUAGUUUUGUUUUAAAAUUUGCAACACCAGAAACUAGCAUUUCUGGGAUUUCUUUAACAUUAGAUCACGUGCUGGAUUUCGUUUUAAAAUGGGAUCUCAAUAUUAAAGAUAAUGGAAGUAUUACAGUUGUAUUAGAGUCAAGAGAGAAAAAGGAAACAUAUUAUCUUCGCUAUGUUACCAGCAAUACAGUAUUGCAUAAUUAUAAUAAUCGUGUAUAUUAUGGAAUUGGUCUAGCUAAUCAUCAGUGGAGACGUCUUACUAGAGACCUUUUAAUAGACUUACAAAAAGGUCUUUAUUUAAAUGAUAAAAGUAGAAAGAAAUUACCCCGAUCCAAGUUGAAGGUAGUUAAAAUUAUUUUGUAUGGUUCCGGUAUGAUUGACAAUAUGACAUUGUCGACCAGCGAACAUAUGGAGCAAUUUUACGAUGCGGCAAGAUGGUUUGUUGCUAAUCAAAAUGUUACUUCUGGUGGUUGGCCGAACCCCGUUAAGAGAAAAGUAGCGCCUGGAAUGGCUAUCCUUGAGCCUGGAUGGUAUUCCAGCAUGGGUCAGGGUCAUGCAAUAUCAGUGCUGGCGCGCGCAUAUUAUCAUUCUGGGGAUGCAAAGUACUUACAAGCCGCUAUUAGAGGCUUGCGACCUUUUAGACUGUCUUCUGCUAAAGGAGGAGUGGCUGCAAUGUUUUUAGAUAAAUAUAUCUGGUACGAGGAGUAUCCUACAAUUCCCUCCUCUUUCAUUCUCAAUGGUUUCAUUUAUUCGCUCAUCGGUCUCUACGACUUGAAAAUGAUAGCGACAGCUAAAGACGCGGAAGAAGCGUCCAGACUCUUCAAUCAGGGUAUGACGUCGUUGAAAAACAUGUUAAUGUUAUACGACACCGGUUCAGGUACAAUAUACGAUUUACGUCAUUUCACUUUAAAGACAGCACCCAAUUUGGCUAGAUGGGAUUACCAUUCUACUCACAUUAAUCAACUUCUUCUUCUAAAUUCUAUCGACAAUGAUCCUAUUUUUAUCACGACCGCGGAAAGAUGGAUAGGUUACAUGAAUGGCAAAAGAGCGGCACACAAUUGACCCACUCUUUUAGAUAGAAUAUUUAUUUCAUCCCUUUCUUUUUCUCAUUAUUUAUUUAUUUCAAUCAUUUUCUUAUGUUUUACAGAAUUCUUUUUAUAGAAACAUACUUUUGUAUCUUAAUGUUUCCUUAAAAACUCUGAGACACUCUGAGAGACAUACUCUGUUUUACACAUGUAAUAUAAUUUUUAUAAUACUGCUAUAUUAGUCGCGUGAAUGUAAACAUGAAGUAAAUGUGAGAUUUGACACUAUUUGAUAAAUUAAUAUCUAUUAAUAUUGUAUAUAGUUUGAGAAAAAUAACAAUAGGAUUUAUGUCUAUAUUUGUAAAAAGUGAGGAAUUCAUAAAUCUGUAAUACUGAAACGGACGACGAUAUCUCUGUUUAAAAAUUGACAAAUUUCGCUAUAUAAUGGUGCUGCCAAUAAUUGUAAUAAUACAUAUAUAUAUA